UCUAUAGUGCUUAUUUAUAGUUGUUAUACCUAUUACGAUGCACAUAUUGUGUUUAGCAGUCAUAUCUGUUCUGCAGCUUCAUUUGUGUUCUGUCAUAUCUAUGACUAUAGUCAAAUCAUAUGGCACAGCAUCAGAAUAUGCAAUCAUUCUCAUUCCAGCAAAGGAUAUACCAGGAUCAUCAUACAAACCACUCGCUGAUGCACUAAUUAAGCAAAGUAACCAGACAUUGAUGGUAGUUGUCCUUGAUGAUCAACCUACUAUACUACAGAUGCCCAUAGCAUUUACCAAAGCACUUAACAUGGUGAUAGUUAAUGGACACAAAGGGAAGGUCUUUCUUGCCGCGCAUGGCGAUGGAGGUCAGGUAGUUGCCGCUUUUGGUAGUCUUUCAAGCAGGUACAUGGAAGGAAUUGUGCUGUUUUCUUCAUAUUUGAUAAGAGGAACUCGGCUUAACACGUAUAAACGUCCUAUUUUGACUUUAAAUGGUGAUUUGGAUGGCAUAACGAGGAUUACGAGAAUUGUGGACACAUUCGAGGAAUUGCAGGGAGAUGUAGCGCAAAAUCCAAAUCAGAAGUUCAUAACACCCGUUAUUGUAAUGGAAGGUAUCAACUACGGACAAUUUGCAUCCAAAGCAAAUAUUACAUAUGACUUAAAUCCAGAAGUGUCACAGGCAGACGCCUUUGGCAUUAUUUUCAACUACACAUAUGCAUUCAUGGUAGCCACACAGAAUGAUUCUAACAAAAACAUAGCAGCGGCUAAAGCUGUCCUAGAAAAAGGAUACAUAAAUACUGAAACUGUAUUGCAACCUCUUUCAGAAGUAAAAUCACUAGACCAGAACUUACAGCAAGUAUCCCAUUGGACGAUAACAGCCCAACAACUUAUAAUCAAUAGCAUUACUCCAAUAUCAGUGGAGUUUGUAAACCACGAAAUAACAAAGGCUUCAAAGAGACAACAACAUAAACAUAGUUUUCGGUUUUUAGAUGAUUUAAAGAUAAACAGCACGACUAAGUUAGUAUUUACAAAUAAUCCAGCAGAUGAAGGGAUUCUACCACAAAGUCCAACUCAACUUACGGCAACAAUGACUAGCCAAGAUGCAGUUAAAAAGCUUACAACUUCCUCAGAAUUUGGAAACCCAUCUACAUGCCAGGAUAUAAAUCAGGAAGCAGUAAAUUUCGCAUAUUCGAAAUCUUCCUCUACUGCUCAAAGACGAUAUCAAGCGGCGAUGGCACCCAUUACGUUCAUGAACGAUGUUAAUGCUUCGACGUUUGACCAGUGGAAUCAAGCUUCAUUACAACUGAUAUAUAACAACACAGGACUUUUUGUAGGAGCAACAAGAUUUCGUACAAACAAACCGAACUCAGACCAAAGUAUAGGAGAGCAAGAUGACUGUACCUUGCUGUCUCCAUAUCGAGCAAUGGAAUGGAUAUAUAUUGAUGCUUUAAGAUAUACGAAACCACAGAUAACAAAAGGGAUAUCAUGA